AUGAAUACAAGUGCGUUUAGUAAGAGACACUGCCUGAACAGGACUCGCUGUAAAGCCGCAGCAAGCCCCUGCCCUGGCAACAGCGCGCAGAUAUCUGAACCAAAUGAGUUUGACAUCAUGCUUGUAAUGCCCAUUUCAAGACUUCAGCUUGAUGAAUGCGAUGACACUGGAGCCUAUUAUUAUCUAACAUUCAAAAGAAAUCCGAAAGAAAAGCAUUUGUCCAAGUUUUUAGAUGAAGAUGGAAAAUUAUCAGCCUUUAAAAUGCUUCAAGCACUAAGAGAAAUUAUUAAACAAGAAGUAAAAAACAUUAAAAAUGUGGAAGUAACUGUGAAAAGGAGAAAGGCUGGCAGCCCUGCAAUAACUCUUCAGAUCAAAAAUCCUCCAGCAGAAAUAUCAGUGGACAUCAUCUUGACUUUGGAAGUUCAGCAGAGCUGGCCGCCCAGCACACAGAAUGGCCUCAAAAUUGAACAGUGGCUGGGAAGAAAAGUCAGGGGAGAGUUCAGAAAUAAAUCACUGUAUUUAGUAGCCAAACAAAACAAAAACGAAAAGGUUCUAAGAGGAAACACCUGGCGACUCUCUUUCUCACACAUUGAGAAGGCCAUGCUGAACAACCACGGCAGCUCAAAGACAUGUUGUGAGUCUGAUGGACCAAAGUGCUGUAGGAAAGCUUGCCUUAAGCUUCUGAAGUAUCUUCUAGAGCAACUUAAAAUAACACAUACAAAAGAGUUGGAAAAAUUCUGCUCAUAUCAUGUCAAAACUGCUUUUUUCCACUCAUGUGUCACGUGGCCAAAUGACGCAGACUGGCAUUCAGGAGACCUGGAUCACUGCUUUCAGAAAUAUCUGAAAUAUUUUGUGGAUUGCCUGCAAAAGUCUCAUCUGCCCCACUUUUUUAUUCCCCAAUACAACUUGCUCAGCCUGGAAAAUAAAGCAAGCAGUAAUUUCCUUUUAGAACUAAUAAACAAAGAGUGGAACAAUGGAUUCCCAAUAUUUCAGGAGAAGUAUAAAAAAAAUAGUUUACAGUAAUUAUCUAAUUGUGUAGAUUUUCAUAUUUAAAACCAGAAGUUCUGCACCUUAAGUCACUCCUCAGUAGUCUGAUACUACAAAAAACCAAAACAAAAAUCAAGAACACCAAGAGAGAAUUGCAUAUUUCAGUCACGCUGCUUAGCAAUAACCCUUCAAAGAAGUGGGACGUUUUAAGUGAUACUUACCUUCCCUAUCCAAAUGUAGAAGUCACCUGCAAAAUAUCUUCAAGGUAUACUAAGAACAUAUAGAAGAAUUUGCAAUAGUUAAUCUCCCACAUGUAAUUUCUACAAUUCCAAAUAUAAAGGCAUCAAUGACUGGGUAAAGUGAAAAAUGACAAUUUUAUUUAAAAUGAAAAUCCACUGCAGAAUAUCCAAAAUACACUCUUGCUUUCAAAAGAAAAAAGGUCACUGGAGUUACUUUGACAUAAACCAGAACAACUUCUCCAGAUCAACUGGGUGGAUGAAGACUUUUUGCAGACGACAAUCA